AUGCAACUUAAUGGAUUUUCAAAUUUAUCCUCCACAUUGAUAAGAAUGAAUGAACAGCACAACUUUCAUGAUAUUCAUAAUGACAGUAAUAAUAAUAAUAAUAAUAAUAUACAUAAUAACAAUAGUAAUAACAGUAUCACUAUGAAUAACACAAUAACUGAAAAUUCAAUUCCUCCAAAUGUCACACCAGUGACACCGUCAUUAACAUCAAUCCCUAGCAUGCUAUUACCGCCUCAUAAACAACUUUAUGCCUUAUCGUCAUCAUCGACGUCAGAGACAUUAAAUUAUUGGAAUGCUAAAGAUACUACAAGGCUGACAAGUUUGAAACAACAUUUUUUGAUGCGUGAUAAUAAUAACAACCCGCGUCGUCGAAUCGAUGAUGAAGAUAAUGAUGAUGAUGAUAAUGAGAAUAAUGAUGACGGUCAUCGUGGGAGUGGUGGCGGUGGCCGCGGUGACGAUGAUAAUGGUGAUAGUAGUAGCAGUAUUAUUAUUGAUGAAGAUGAGGAUUUCCAUGGUAACAGCAAUAAUAAUAAUAACCAUAAUGGACUAAAUGUGGAAGAGACUGCAAACAUAGGAGAUGGAGAGAAUAAGCAUGGUUUACGUAUCAAUCAAUCUAUGAAGACAAAUAAUCCUGAUUCUACUCCAAUUAAUCAUAAUAAUAAUAGUAAUAAUAAUAAUAACAAUAGUAAUAGUGUUCAUACUAUGAAUUUUCCAAGCCCAGCGAAAUUAACCACCCAACUUCUUCCAUCAAGAUAUACCAGUCGACGUAAAACUUCAUGUGCUGAAAUGGUAACUGAAGAACAUUUUCAUCAGAAGAAAUCUGUUCACAGUUCACCAACUCAUAAUCACCAUCAUCACCAUCAAGAGAUUAAACGGAUCACUCCGUAUCCAUCGUCUAAUCGUAUACUAUUGGAUAUACCAUGUCAUGUUUGUGAAGAUCAUUCAUCAGGAAAACAUUAUGGUAUCUAUGCUUGUGAUGGUUGUGCGGGAUUUUUUAAAAGAUCAAUUCGACGUAAUCGUCAGUAUACAUGUAAAAGUCGUGGUAGUACAAAACCUGGUAUGGUUAUCUGUAGAGUUGAUAAAUCACAUCGUAAUCAAUGCAGAGCAUGUCGGCUAACUAAAUGCCUUGAAGUUGGAAUGAAUAAAGAUGCUGUUCAACAUGAAAGAGGGCCAAGAAAUUCUACGCUACGUCGACAAGUAGCACUAUAUUUAAACGAUGGGCAUCAUAAGACACACACGAAUCGUCAAUCAAAUCAUCAAUAUCAUCAACACCAACUGUCUCAACUAUCCUCCUACUUACCAUCACGAGUUCCUCCUCCGCCGCCUGGACCAUCCCCGCUAUCAGUAUCGCUGCAGUCACCGUCAAUAUUGUCUUCACUAUCUUUACCAUCUUUACUAUCGUCUGCAUCAAUGUCAGCACAAUCAUUCAAUACAAACCCGUUGGUUGGCGUUAAUCUGUCUGCCCCAGUGAAUUUAAACAACACAAGUAAUGGCAAUAUACAAGGCAAUAAAAUUCUCUCAGACAACCAAUUUUCGAUGAAUGAUAUUUUAAAUUUAACUAAAUCCCCAUACAUGUUUUUCAAUUCAGCCUUGUCUCCAUCCUCAUCGACAUCGUCAACAUCAACAUCGACAUUAUCACCAUUCUCUAAUUUGACAACAACAAAUAAUAUUACCGGAACUGACAAUAUCCUACCUAAUUCAGCAACAAUGUUUACACCAACCGCCUAUUCAACAGCACCAAUCAAUAUAAACAACAAUCCAUUCAGCUAUUAUUUAAAUUAUUUGCCUUCAAUGUUCAAUUUUUCGAAUUCUUUCGAUCUGUCCGCAAAUAAUGAAACGCUGAAUUUAGUGAAAAAGACCACUUCAUUAAGUGAUGAUGCUACUGCAUUGAAUAAUACCAGUAAUACUACUGUCACUCCUCUUAAUAUUUCUACUACUGAAAAGAAUAUUAGUAGUAGUAGUAGUAGCAUGAUUGAUAUGAGCAGCUUUCAUAAAGAAAAACAGCCUAGAUAUGAGACAAAUGAAUAUGAAAAGUAUAAUCGACAAGAAUUCUUGUUGAAUCAAAGCCUGAUGAACAAAUUUCAAUUGUAUCCGACAGAUUUAAUACAGCCGGCGACAACAGAUGUCACUAGGCCUAGUAACAAUACCACCACCAACACCAGCACCACCCCCAACAACAACAACGGAAUGACGUCAUCAUCAGUACAGACCAGUAAAUCACCACUUUCAUCAUGUGCAAAUAUUAACAUGACUGAUACUGAGAUACAUAGUGCUUGGAGUAAAGCAUUAGCCUUUGCCAAGUUGUGUAUGCCAGAUUUAUUUAUUGGAAAUUUAGACGGAGUAGCACAAGACUCCAUGGAUUUUCAUCAGUCGACUGACUAUGCUCACUCAUUGUUAUAUUUCAAUUCAUUAUUGAAAUCAUGGCCAUGGAUAAUGCCAACAGUUAAUAAUGCAUCGACAAAUUACUUACAGUCAUGUUAUAUGGGUAAUAGCAAUAAUAAUAAUGCUAAUAGUAGUGCUAAUACUGAUGCGAGUAACAUUUAUUCUAAUCAUCAGGAGAUGUGUUUUCCAGGUAGUAAAAUUGCAAGCUCAUUAAUGCUUCCCAUGUUAUCAUCAUCAAUGGCAUGUCAAACAUCUUCAUUGUCUCCGGAAACACUUAAUCCUUAUUCAUCAUUAUUAAAUUUGCCUCAGGUAACUAUGACAACGCCUAUGAAUGAUGAAUUAAAACAAAAUUUAAAGAAAUAUUCAAAUUCACUUAUUUCAAAUGAAACAGAAUUAAAUCAAAGGAAAGGUGAUUUAUUUAAUCAAAAAGAAAAGAAUUUAUUAUUUUAUCAUAUGACUUAUUAUAAUAAUAAUCAAACAGUUACUUUGAAUGAUGUGCCUAGAAUACGUACGUUAAAUGUUUCAAUGUCUGUUCAACUUUCAAUAUUUCUCCAUGUAUACAUGUAUACAAUAAUAAUAUUUAACCAUCUUCUCCUUGUUAAUUUAGAUACAAAAAAAUGUCAGUUAACUGUAGCAUCGAAUGAAUUGUUGUCACCGUCAUCAGUAUUAUUGUCAGGAAGUCAGUCGGUGAAAAAUACAUCAAUCUUCACAGAGGCUGGCUUAUUGAUCAAUAAUAAUAAUAAUCAUCCAUCAUCUCUGAAUCAGAUCUAUGAUCCAAUAUAUGAAUAUAAUAAACCAGGUGAUUUACUCUUGCAGUCACCUUUCUUCCCUCCUUCCUCAACAACAACAACAACAACAUCGUCAUCAUCAUCUUCGAAUUCUUCUUCUUCUUCUUCUUCUUCGUUUUCGUCUUCAACAGUCUCCUCACCAUCAUCAUCAUUAUCAUCGACAUCAGCGUCGACAUUGUCAUCAGCCCUGACAUCAACAUCUCUGCCGUUAUACAUGCAGCAAUUUUACUUAAGUCAAAUGAUGUUUCAAAUUAUCCAAUGGCUGUGUCAUUAUAGACCAGAUAAUAAAAUUCUGGAGAAUUUCAAUUUUCCCAUAAAUAAAUUCGACAUGAUUAAUUCAAUGUGUAAACAAUGGGAUCUGUUAUUCAGUUUAACAUUAUUUAUAGAAUUUUAUAAAAUGUCAUUAGGUAAUAAUAAUAAUAAUAAUGGUGAGAUGAACGAUACUGAUGAUAAUGGUGAUGAUAAUAAUGAUAAGGCUGAGUAUCGUUCAGUUAUGCUAAAGAAAAUGCACUACCUAUGGAUUGAAUUCGUUUGUAAACCAUUGGCGAGUUUAUUAACUUCUACUAUAAAAAGUCAAGAUACAGAUCCAAUAACUACUCUCACUGAGUCGAAUUCAAUUAUCCAAUUAUUCAAUGAAUUUAUUGUUUUAAAAUUAAAAGAUGAUGAAAUCGACUGGUUGAAAAUGAUGAUAUUGUUUAAUCCAUUAAUGAAGAAUGAGAAGGAGAAGAAGACGAAGAAAAUCGAUAUUAACUCAGAUAUACACAGUAAAUCUUUUCAACAAGCCAGAGAUUAUGCUAUUCGCUAUUAUCAAGUUGUUUUAAAAGGUUGCCCAACACGUCAAGGUCAAUUGAUGCAUUUACUUCAAACACUUCAUUCAUGUAUUGAUUUACCAUUGAAUUCAUCAUUACCAUGGUUACGACAUUAUAUGGAGUGUAUAUUUCAAUUGAGUUCAGAUAAACUUGAACCAGUUAUUAAGCAUAUGGUUAUAGCAGCUUUACAGACAUCUGAAGGGAUUACAACAUCAGCCUGAAACGUCAAUAUAACUCACCAGCUUCUCUUCUCUUCAUAAUAAUAUCUACCUCAUUACUACUAUGGAGAAGAGUUAGACGUUGGUAACAUUUAAAUGAAUCACAGAUUUCCAGAUAUCCUUUACUACGACGUCUCUACAUAUUCAUGAAUGACCACCAAGGCAAAUGAAAAAUAAGCACACAGACACAGACAAACACACAAUGUUUUCCCCCUUCGUUUUUCUUUCAAUUCA